AUCAAUACUUCAGUGUUGUGAGACAGUUCGUGUGCAACAGACCACACACCAACUCCGAAAAUGUUAUUCCCAGCAUUUUUUUUCACCUUUGUAGCCCUCACUUAUUGCGCAAAAUUACCACCCAGUUUCCAAAAAUGUAACCGCAAACAACCCGAUUUGAAGGAGUGUCUUCUAAAAGCAGCCCAAGAUGGCAUUUCACAAUUGACCCAACCGGUUUUGAAGGAGUUCAAUUUUCCAAACGUGAACCCUUUGGAGAUACCAGAAGCGACCAUUAGUGCCGGAACUGGACCAGUGCAAGUCCAACAAAAUUUCACAAACUGCAAAUUUUAUGGCUUCCCUAGUAUCAAGUACGACGCUUUCGACUGGGAUUUAGAGAAGAAAACUUGGUAUUUGGGCGGGCUGUACCCUGAGCUGAAAAUUAACUGUAACUAUAAUUUAGAUGGGAAGAUUCUUCUUCUUAUUAUAAAAGGAACGGGUCCUGGUUCAGUAGUAAUGAAAAAUUUACUGGGCUAUAGUAAUUUGACGUACGAAGAAGUGAGGAAGAAGGGCAAGACGUACAUGAAGUUUGUGACUUCUGGUAUUACCAUGGAGCCCGAAAGUGUGUAUUUUAAUUUCGAAAAUUUGUUUGAUGGUGAUAAGCAGUUGGGUGAUAACAUUAAUAAGGUGUUAAAUGAAAACUGGAAAGAAGUGUUUGAUGAUCUGAGGAGUAGUUAUAGUGAAAUUGUAGCAAGAUUGUUUAAACAAUUUUUAAAUAUUCUCUUUUCGAAAGUGUCUAUCGAAGAGCUUUUAGAUUAGUCGUUUUUCAGCGAGAUAUAUAGUAUAAAAUUUUG